AACGAGCAAAGACUUUUAUUCCAAGCCUCCAGCGGAAGCUCGACUUGCGUUGUCCGCUCUACUCGCACCAGCUUCUAGAAGCUGUAGCUCCUCAAGCGCCAAGGGAAAGCCAUGGCUCGCGGGCAGCAGAAGAUUCAGUCCCAGCAGAAGAACGCCAAAAAGGCAGCAGAGAAGAAAAAGGCUCAGGGAGCAGAUCAGAAGACUGCUGCCAAAGCUGCCCUCGUCCACACAUGCCCUGUUUGCAGGACACAGAUGCCAGACCCAAAGACAUUCAAGCAGCAUUUUGAAAGCAAACAUCCUAAGUCACCAAUGCCCCCUGAGCUGGUGGAUGUGCAGGCAUAAAGGAUAAUAGGAAUUAACAAUAUCUGCAUUUGGGACCCUGGGGAAAGAAAUGAUGCGAUUCAGCUUGGCCAACUGAUUCAACUCAUCUGGACACAUAGUGACAGGAGACCUAAGGAUGGACUAAAGCACACCAGCACCCGUUUGAUUUUAUAUUUUUAUAUGUAUCUUGCCUUCAUUUAGGCGAACAGUCAUUUCAAGUGUGCUGUGCACCCUAACAGCCUCAUUGUCAUGUCCUGUCAAACCCCUCAGUAUUUAUCCACCACUAAUUUAAUGUUUUUCUUCUCUCCCAUAACGGUAAACUGUAUUAACACAUACACAAAUGUUAUACUAUUCAAAUGUUGCUCACGUUUUGUUCUGUUCUUUCAACAUGAGCCAUGAUUUAGAAAUGCAGAAGUGUGGGGAUCAACAAUAUUGGCCAGGAUUGUGGUUGAGUUAGACCAGUUUGGUUGGCAAAAAUGGUCUUCAAAGCAACAAAUUAUGCUCUCCUGCAAAGUACUUUCAAUGUUGAAUAGAGGCCCUGGAAUUGCUUAAGAUUGAACUUUUUUUUUUUUUCUAUGGUUUUCAAUAAAUGUAUAAGCAUAGUCAAUGUGUCAUGGUGACUGCCUAGAAGAUGCAUAUGGGUGUGUUUUGACAUUAUUUCCUUUAUUCCGUAGAUGUUAAUGCAGCUCAGCAUUAUUUCAUGUCUCAAAUCACAGUGGGGAAAAACUGAAUUAGCGCUGGUUUGGAAGUAUAAAAUUGAGCCUUUGGAGUAUUAACUUUCAGACCUAUGCUAGAAAGCUUUACUACCAUGGGUGUGAUAAUGUGAUCUGCAGUCAAGUAAUAAGUAAUUGCAUACCAAAUAUAAAAUAGGUAUUAAAUUCUACACUCACAAUGAAGUGGUAUCUUAAGAGUUUGGAAUUUACGGAUCAUGGCUUUGUUCUCCUGAAGCUUUGCAGCGUAAUUCUUUAUUGUGGUAGAAUGACUAUUUAUUUCAGUAACUUUUAAUGUCAUAUUGAUUAGGUGGGAAGGCUUUGGGAAUUUUAGCCAAACUUAGCAGGUUGAUGCUAUUUUUAGACUCUGUAUGUACCCCACUUUGCCCCGUGUACUGAAAAAGCAAAUAUGACUAGCAUUCACUUUGUAUAGCUACUAACUUGAAAAUUAAAAUGCAUUAUUAAAGUAAUUACAAUGUAUCCA